GUCGGUGGAGAGCUCUGGCCGACUGACAACCUCUCCUGUUGGUACUUCAGAAACUAUAGUAACUUCAACCAUUCCAGCAACUACGCCUUCAGAAUCAUCCACUGAUAUAACGGCAGCAGUAGCUACAACAAACAUACCUAAACCACAACCAUUAAAUGUCCCACAGUUUCGAAAUCAGGUAGGGCAAAAACAUCACAAUUGCAACUAUCAAAUGCUACCUCAACAACAACAGCAACAAUUGCAACAAACACACCGCCAUUGCAACCACCAAAUGCCACUAUAAACACAACAUUAACAUCAGACAUGCUAGUAAUGAAACCAAAUACUACCACAACAACAACAACAACAGAUGCACCACACUUGCAAUCACCAAAUACAACUCCAACCACAAUAAUAACUAUAUCAAACACACUACCGUCACAGCAACCAAAUGCUACUGAAGCCACUACAACCUCGGAGGGAGUCAAGGUGGUCGUGCUGUCAUCAGAUCCAGCACAUCAAAAUAAGCAAGACUUGUUUUUACCGAAAACCCUGAAGCCUCUUCACUAUACCAUCAAAAUUCAGCCCUUCAUCAACGGAAAUCAGACCAUCCACGGGUAUAUGGAAGUGGAAGUGGAAGUCCUGGAACCCACUUCUAACAUUACCAUGCACUUUUUCAAUAUGAACAUCGAUACUAAUACUGUAAAGCUGGCAGCCAUGGAAGACAAGGAAAGGAAGGAAGGAGGAAGACUAAAGAAGGAACAUAACGAAGGCUUACCCACUGUCGAGUAUAUUAGCGUGGACAUAAGACGACAGUUCUUCACAGCACACUUGACAGGGCAGCUCCAGCGCGGCAGUAGGUUCCUCUACUCCAUGAGCUACGUUGCCUCCCUCAACAACUACCGCUCUGGCUUCUUCAGCGCCCACUACAGUGACAACGACGGAACCCAAAGACGUCUGAUGGCUACCCUGCUGCAACCUACCAAUGCAAGGAAAGCGUUCCCUUGCUUCGACGAGCCGGAGCUGAAGGCCACCUUCGAGCUGUAUGUGACGAGGGAGAUAAACAUGACAGCCAUUUCGAACAUGCCUCUACGCAACACCACCCCUAUGGAGGGUCAAGAAGGAUGGAUGGUGGACCAGUUCGUCACCAGCCCACUGAUGUCCACCUACCACCUGGUCCUCAUCAUCUCCCAACUGCACUAUGUUGAUGCUACCAACGACGGAGGUGUUCCCAUUAGAAUAUGGGCGCGGCCAGACGUUCUUGAAAAGACGUCCAUGAUACAGCAGGUGGUACCAAAGCUACUCUCUUUCUUUGAGGAUUACUUGAGCGUGCCCUACUCACUGCCCAAGCUCGACUUCGUAGCAGUACCAUCCGGAUUUGGCGUCGCCUUCGAGGGUUGGGGAAUCAUCGUUGGUUUUGAGGAAAGAAUGAUGUUGUACGAGCCAGAAGAAGACAACGAGGACCACAAGGAAAGAGUUGUGUCGCUGCAGGCGCAUGAGAUAGCCCACCAGUGGUUUGGCAACCUAGUUACCCCUCGAUGGUGGAACAACUUGUGGCUAAGCGAAGGCUUUGCUACUUACCUGCAUCUCAUCUCAGUUAGCUAUGUGAUGCCAUCAAAUAAGACACUGGAGCACUCAAUGCUGGAGACGUUCCAACGUGUUCUCAGAAUAGACAGUCAACCAUCUUCCCAUAGUAUAAGUCUACCUGUCUUCAAGCCAGAUAAAAUUGAGGAACUGUUUGAUGAUAUCUCAUAUUUCAAGGGUUCUUCCAUCAUCUACAUGAUGAGUCACUUCCUCUCCAGCACCACCUUCAGGAAAGGCAUCAUGAACUUUCUCAACGGAUGCCAAUACAGUAACGCGGACCAGGAAGACCUCUGGCGGUACAUGACAGAGGCGGCUCGCCAAGACAACACACUGCCCGGGGAUGUCACCGUUAAGAUGAUCAUGGACACGUGGACGCUGCAGGCAGGCUACCCUGUCAUCACGGUACAUAGAAGCACCGAUGGUACCUCAGCCACAGUCUACCAGGAAAAGAUAUCAUUAGAAUUGGAGAAUAAUGUCAAAGACAGCGACUACACUAAGUGGUGGGUGCCUCUGACGUACACUUGGCAGGACGAGCUCAGUUUCAACCUGACACAACCCAGAGUAUGGAUGAGGAACACUGAGUCUCAGCUCUCGGUCCAGGCUCUCCCGAGCAAGGAGCAGUGGGUUAUCUUCAACUUGCAGAGAACUGGCUAUUACAGAGUUAACUACGACUUACAUAACUGGGACCUCAUCAUCCAGCAGCUCCUUUUGGACUUCACUGUGAUACCUGUCACUAACAGAGCCCAGCUAAUUGAUGAUGCUCUCGACCUUGCUUUAGCUGGGAAGCUCUCCUACAAGACAGCUCUGGACGUGACCAUGUACGUGAAGAAUGAGAAGGAAAUGUUGCCCUUCAUUGCCCUCUCUAGCAACUUAGAGCUUAUGGAGAAGAUUAUUAAGGAGACUCCCGUGUAUGACAGCUUCAAGAAGUACGCGCUGUCGCUUUUGGUGCCCCUUUACAUCACACUGGAACUCGACAAUGAGGAGAGCAUGCUAAAGAUGCAAAAGGAACAUGCUCAGUUGACAAACUGGAUCUGCAGACUGGGCCACUCUGACUGUGUGCACCUUGCCACCAGCCUCUACAGACAGUGGAUGAAAACACCCAACUUGAUUGAAAGUGUGACACAUGAGGUGAGGGGGAUCGUAUAUUGCACAGCCAUUGCCAACGGCGGAAAGAAGGAGUGGCAGUUUGCCUGGCAACGAUAUUUCCAGACCAAAGAUGACAAACACAAGGACCAGAUUAUACUGGCACUCAGCUGCAGCAAAGACCCCUGGGUCAAGGCUGGAUAUCUGUACAUCACCUUCUCUUCGGAAGUGAAGUUAAGAGAAAGCGACGCUUUCGAAGUGUACAGCUCCAUGGCGGCGAGCGACCCAGGACAGGAUGCAGCCUGGUCCUUCCUCCUCCAAAACUGGGAUACCGUGACUGAAGUGUUUGGCAAAGAAAACGGAGAGAUUGAACUUCUCCUGAUGACGUCCCUCAACUCCGACAACACCAGGCACGACCUGAUGCAGUUAGAGAUCUUCAGGAAGACCUACAGCAACGAUAAUACUUAUCCAAAAGCUCAGGAAUCAGCUACAGACAAGACCAGUUUCAAAAUAGCCUGGAUGAACAGGAACUAUAAAGUGAUUUGCGAGUGGCUUGACUCUCACGGCUUCUCCACCAUGCUGGAGAUUUAUUGAACUUCAACAAGUAUUCUUUACUUGCGAGAGGCCUGACUGUCACGGUUUCUCCACCAUGUUGGAGAUUUAUUGAACUUCAACGAGUAUUCUUUAUUUGAACUUUGGUGUUGCUGUAGUAAUCUUGUUUAAUUGAAACGACAAUAAAAAGAUACAAAUGUUUCACAUUCAA